ACACAUAACACUUUCUAAUAUACCGACAACACAUCCCUAUUAAACUCUAAUAUAUAUAGUGAUUCUUAGUGAAAGGGUACAUACACAUAACACCUCCUAGACAAGAAACAAAACAAAAGAAUGGCCUCAAAAUCUACCAUUAAACUCCUGACCUUCUUCUACUUCAUGCUCUUCGGCUUCAUGAAUUUAAGCAGUACUGUAAUAUCAUUGAGUAGUAAUCAUCAUCAUGCAAGCAUAUGCAAUGGUUCCAUAGCUGAAUGCAAUCAAGAAGAUGAACAAUUGAUGGAGUCAGAGAUAAGCAGAAGGUUUUUGGAGCAACGGAGAUACAUUUCUGAAGGAGCUCUUAAGAGAGAUAAACCAGUUUGUAAUGGUGGUGCAGGUGGUGAAGCUUAUAGUAAAUCUGCAGGGUGUAUUCCUCCACCUUCAAAUCCUUAUAAUAGAGGAUGUUCUAAGUAUUACCGUUGUAGGUCAGAUUCUUGAAUUGAAUGAAGAAGCUUUUAUGCAAACAACUUUUUUUGUUUUCCAUCAAAUUUGUUGACUUCUUUUUUUGUAUUUGGAAAUUGUAUGAAAUUUUACAAAAUAAUUCUGUCACAGCUAUAUUUACAUUUAGACUUUGCAAACCUUCUAAAUAAGUUCAAUUCAAACCUUCUAACUUUGUUUUCCACAAUUUUUGUUUUAAUAGUCAUCCGAGUUAGCUUGCUA